AUGACGAAAGAAAAAGUAACUGAGAAGAAUAAGGAACUCUACCAUAAGUCAUGGACGUCGGGAUGUAAAGUGAUUGGUUUCGCCGGGUCUGACAAGAAAGUCCAAUACCUGAAGGAGAUAGGAUAUGAUGUAGCAAUCAACUAUAAGACUAUGGGAGAUCUGGACAAGACUCUCAAAGAGGCUGCACCCAAUGGUAUCGAUUGUUACUUCGAUAACAUCGGAGGCGAAUUUUCCAGUACUGUUAUCUACAAUAUGAAUGCUAAAGGGCGUGUGUGUGUAUGUGGAUCCAUCAGUGCCUACAAUGCGAAGGAAUCCCCAAAGGCGAGAAUCCUCCAGCCUGCCAUCAUCUUUCAACGAUUGUCAAUCGAAGGGUUCCUGGUGUUUGAUCACAAGGAUAAAUAUAUGGUAGCUGUAAAACAACUAAUGGCGUGGCUAAAUGAGAAAAAGCUGAUCUACAAGGAGCAUGUCACUAAUGGCUUCGAGAACACGCCAAAGGCCUUCCAACAGCUAUUUACUGGGGAAAACUUCGGCAAGGCGAUCGUCAAGAUUUAGCCAUCUCACUUUAAAGAAACACCAAACACCCCUAUCGCCCUAUCAUAAUGAUCGGUUCCAUGACAUUUUAUCCGGCGACAAUUGCUCCGCUGUAAAUUCCACACACUAAUCGAAUGACCAAUUUCAACCCUGCGUUUAACACUACACCCUACACUGUAAAAAACGAAGAGCUAAUUUAGCACUUAAAGUGCUUGUAUAGUGACUGCACUACGAGUGCCGAUUUUCUUGUUUAAAUGUGAACUAAAAAAUCAGUACUCGUAGUGCAAUCACUAUGCAAGCACUGUAAGUGCUAUAUUAGCACUUCAUUUUUUACAGUGCAUGACAUUGAUCCGGCGACAAUUGAUCUGCUGUAAAUUCCACACACUAAUCGAAUGACAAAUUUCAACCCUUGGUUUAACACUAUACCAUACCCCAAACCUAACCCUAACAUAAAACCAUAUUGCAACCUUACAUCUUAGACGAAAUUAAGCCCGGAGCAAUUGUCGCAGGAGCAAAUGUCGUGUCACCUAAUGAUCAUUCUGUUCAAGCUAGCUGAAAAUAAAAUGUUGCAAUCAUUGGUCCAUAUUCUGAACUGGGGUUUCUGCUAACCUCUGCAUGGGGAGCGUAUCAUUAAACAUUUUUCGUCCGACACGUUGUCGGAUCUGACAACUGUCCUUAAUUUUAAUUGGCUGAGAAGCACUGGUACCAUGGUAACUGUCGGAUAUGAAAUGGGAUUUGUCGGAUAAAACGUUAGACAGGUCCAUAUAUGAAACAUUCCCAAGGAAUAAAUUUGUGGCUACCCAAGCCUUUAAUUAUGAAUAGCCAAUUGUAUUUUUUCUUUUUUUUAUGUCUAACAGUACAUGUUCAAUUUAUUAUCUCAUUUGAUGCUCGAACCUUUCAUAGCUAUCUGGGAAUGAUAAAUCAAAUAGUUUUCUUCACCAUGUUCACCAUUAAAGUAUAAAGAAAGAGCACAGUAAUUACGAGAGAUAUACAAUUUAAACAAACAAUGUUACCAUUUUCGGUUUCACAUACUAGUAAUAUUAGCACGUGCAGAACUAGACUCUGGUCUAAGUUCAAACUUCAGACUAUGGGCCAUUUUCAUCCACCAGUUUAAGCUUUUUAUCUUUUCGUAUUAGACAUGGCAGUCAUUAAAACAUUUCAUUAAUACCAAUCUGCAAUUGUUUUACAAUGGAAAUUUUAUCAUGUGCAUUGUCGCAGUAAUACAUUUUUUCUAUCCACCAGGUUUCAGCUUUUUAUGUUUUAUUAUUAGACAUGGCAGUCAUUAAAACAUUUCAUUAAUACCAAUCUGCAAUUGUUUUACAAUGGAAAUUUUAUCAUGUGCAUUGUCGCAGUAAUACAUUUUUUCUAUCCACCAGGUUUCAGCUUUUUAUGUUUUAUUAUUAGACAUGGCAGUCAUUAAAACAUUUCAUUAAUACCAAUCUGCAAUUUUUUUGACAAUGGAAAUCUUAUCAUGUGCAUUAUCGCAGUAAUAUAUUUUAUCAUAUGCAUGUUCAUGAAACACAUUCGAUAUAGUAUUAAUACCCAUAGGAGAUAGUACAUUAGUGAUUCGCUUUAUUGAUAUGGAUGGCUUAAAAGUAGAAGCGAUCAUCAUUGAUUAAAAAAAAGAAAAGUUACAAUAGCCAACAUGAAUCAAUCAUUAUAAAGUUCUUCCAAAAUAUGUAUACAUUUUUGUGUAUUUGAAAUAUAUAUAUAUAUAUAGGCCUAUAUUCUGAAAUAUUUUGUUUAACCACCUGUAAUAUGAGCAAGAUAUUCUUAAAUGUAUAUCAAGGUCAGAUUUUUUAUAUAUUUAAAUACAUCAAUAUUUGCUAAAUCAAUGAAGAAUAGCUAGUGCAUGAUAUUCAUUAUUUUAUCUGUUUCAAUGUUGUUUUACAGUAGCGCUAAAGUGACGUCAUAUACUUAAAUUCAGGUUUUUAACGGAAAUUCGAUAACGGAACAAUCAACCUUGCAUGCUUAUUUUCACGUAUAUUUGAUUAUAAAUUUCAAUUUUAAGCCUGAAUACUUUUUUUGUGGUAAUAGUACUUCACAUUAUAUUCAUUGUGAAAAGGUGUAA